AUGAUCAGCUUAGUUUCGAAGUUUGUGAAGCCACAUUCAACGACGGCGCUUCCUUUGCGUUUCGUUAAUUCUGAAGCUUCGUUCCAAACUAAACCAUAUAAACUGCAUCGUCUCGACUCUGGUCCAUCCGUUGAUGUCGUCCUUAAGAGAGAAGAUGCCUUAGAGUAUUAUAGACUUAUGCAGACUAUCCGAAGAAUGGAAACUGCUGCGGGUAACCUGUUUAAAGAACAGAAAGUUCGUGGAUUUUGUCAUCUUUACGUUGGCCAGGAAGCGUGCGCUGUUGGCAUUAAAGCUUCGAUGUCUCCAAAUGAUGCAAUUAUUACUUCUUAUCGUUGUCACAGUUGGACUUUUUUAAUGGGGGCAACUGUUGCUGAAGUUCUGUCUGAGCUCACUGGACGAAUAAGCGGAAAUUCGCGUGGAAAAGGCGGUUCGAUGCACAUGUACGGUAAAAAUUAUUACGGUGGUAAUGGAAUAGUUGGUGCUCAGCAACCGCUUGGGACUGGCAUUGGUUUUGCGAUGAAAUAUCGUAAACAAAAAAACGUAUCUUUGACUAUUUACGGUGAUGGAGCUGCAAACCAAGGACAAUUCUUUGAAUCAACAAAUAUGGCGAAACUUUGGAAUUUGCCGGUUAUUUAUAUAUGUGAAAAUAAUGGUUAUGGGAUGGGAACGUCAGCUGAUCGUUCUUCUGCUUCAGUGGAUUAUUAUUCUCGUGGAGAUUACGUUCCUGGAGUUUGGGUCGAUGGUAUGGAUAUUCUUGCUGUAAGGGAAUGCAUCCGAUGGGCAAAAGAAUACUGCAAUGCUGAUAAAGGGCCACUUGUUCUUGAAAUGGCCACUUAUCGAUAUUCAGGACACUCCAUGUCGGAUCCUGGAACUAGUUAUCGCUCUCGGGAUGAAAUACAAGAAGUUCGCAAAACAAGAGACCCUAUUUCUGGAUUAAAAGAUAAGUUAAUAACAUCUGAAUUGGCUACGGAAAGUGAAUUAAAGGAAAUAGAUCAAAAAGCUAGAAAAGAAGUGGAUGAAGCAGUGGCGAUUGCCCUAAAUGAACCACAUCCUCCUCCAGAAGUACUGUUUGCUGAUGUAUAUCACAAUAAUCCGCCUGAACUUGUUCGCGGAAUUACUUUUGAUGAUACAGUUGUUCAACCUUUCGCAACAACUUCUGAUUUAUUGAAAGCGUUUGGCAAAAAAUGA